GCCAAAUAUCCCCCUCCUCUUGUAACAGUUUUAAUUUUUGUGGAGAAAUUUUAGAUUUAUUUCGUCUACGUUUUUUAUUUUCUACUUCUGCAAGUAGAACUACAAGAUCAUCACGAAUAUUAAUUUCAUUUGAAUUCAAUUCGGAUUCAGAUUUUUCACUAUUUAGGGACUGAUCAAACGUUUUUGCAUAUAAAAUAUAUAACUUAUUUCGUUCAUAAAUAUUCGCUAUUUUAGUUUUUAAUUUUCUACAAGAAAUAAAACCAGAUCUAGGAUUUAAAAUUAACGACGUUUUGAAUUGGGUGUUCAACGCAGAUGCGCUAAUAAUAUUAGAGCUUGCUUUAGGAAUAAAUUUUACAUUAGCCAAAUAGACGAUACUUUUGGUUUUACCAUUAUUAAGUAAAACAGGUAAUGUACCAGACCCUAAAGCCUGUACGUUUGAAAUAUUAUCAAUAGUUCCUACAUUUUCAGCAGAUUCGAAUUCUACAUAAUUCAUUAAAAAAUUUUUGUUUGAUACAAUAUGGUGAGUCGCACCGGAAUCUACAAUGAAGGCUACAUUAUAAUUAAACAUAUUCAUUGAUAAUGCAUUAGUACCUUUAUUUUUAGGACAGUCCUUUUUUUCGUGUCCGUAAGCGAAGCAUUUGUAGCACAUUCUACCAGAAUUUUUGCAAUCGGCCGCAGAAUGAAAAUACUCGCCGCAUUUCUUACAACGUAUUUUAUUUUUUUCUUGUGGAGUCAUCUUCGCGAGCUUUUCGCGCUGUUCUUCGUUAUACUUCAUAUGUAGUGGUACAGCAUUCGAAGUAGUCGGAUCAGUAACUUUCUGCUGCUUGGAUGGACCAUGACCAUGAGAAGUAUCAUCUUCUGCCUUUCGUUUAUUAUUUGGUUUACCUGCCCUACUUUUAGAAUUAACUGCUACUUCGGUAAAUUUUUUCUUUAUAGUUUCAAAAUCUACUACAGGUAAUGAAGAAAUCGUAGUAUAAAACGAAAAAAAUACGGAUUUAGGAUCAUUAAUACCUUCGAUCUUGUGCAAAAAAAAUGUCUUAACAUAAUCAUCAGAAUAAGUCGUACCUAUAUCUAUAUAAUCAUUAAUUAAUUUCUCAAAGUCUCCGAUGAAACGUUCUUCAUCAAAACCUAACCUGUAUCUCAAACGUUGAGAUCUAUCAUGUAAAGAGAUGUAAUCUUGGGUUCGGCUACUUCCAAAUAAUUUGCUUAGAGUAUCCAUGGUAUUAAAAGCGGUAAGUACAGUUGAAAUACGAUUCGCAAUUGAUUUAGAUACAGAAGCGCGUAUAUACUGAACAGUUUGCGCAUCCAAAACUACACGUUUAUUAGGAGAAACAUCAAUUUGCAUACCACAGUCAGUUUCUAUAAAGGGAAGCAGAUUUAGCGCUCGUAGAUCUAAUUCCACCAUCGACUUCCAUGUUUUAAAAUUCUUGUGCCCAUGUAAUUUCUCAUGCUCUUGCAUAUUGCGUAUUUGAAAAGGUGGCGUAAUAUACAACUUAUCGAGAGCAAGUAAUCGCUGCAUUUCAUCGGAACUGGAAGCUUCACCUCCAUCACCACUACCACCGCUAGCUUUUUUAUUUCUCGUAGACAUGUUCUGGAAUAAGCAGGAAUUAAUAACGAGUACAGAAAAAAAUUCUAUUUUUUAAAAAAAACUUGGAUAAAACGGUUGAAGUUAUACGAAUACAAUCUGAAACUUAGUUGUUGAUAUGAACAAGCAUAUCAACCGUUAAUCGUUGCUUCUUAACGAAUGAAGCCAGUUGAAUUGUUUGUAAACCAAAACAAUACUCAGUCAGAUCGUAUACAGCCAAAGACAGCCAGUAAUUACUAGAAUAGUUGGACUUUGAUCUUUGCAUUUCCUGUUACACGAAGGAAGGACAUCCACACAAAAUGGACAAACUUGGUUUGGAUUUGGACGAUGGUACCAUAUCGCCUUCGGAAAAACAAGCCAAUCCUCAAGAAGCUAGAAAACAAUCGAUACAGAGAUGUAUUCAUUCUUUGGUGCACGCUUGCCAAUGUCGAGACGCAAAUUGCCGACUAUCAAGUUGCCAGCGCAUGAAACGCGUUGUCCAGCAUACGAAGGCUUGCAAGCUAAAAGUGAACGGAAAUUGCCCAAUUUGCAAGCAGCUUAUAGCCUUGUGUUUCUACUACGCCAAGUAUUGUCAAGAUGCCAAAUGCGCUGUGCCCAUAUGCUCGAGUAUCAAACAAAAAAUGAAGCAACAACAACUGCAGCAACGAGUACAGCAAGCUCAGCUUCUGCGUCGUCGUAUGGCCGCGAUGAAUUCGCGUAUAUCGAGCAGUACCGGAUCAGGCGCGCCGUCCAAUUCGGGAGCUCUGUCUCCGGGCAGUUCUGUGCAGAAUUCGUCGUCUUCUUCAUCGUCGACGCCUUCGUCGUCGCAUCACCAACCUCAGCAUUCUCCGCACGCCGGCAUGGGAGUGAAACCCGGAAGCCUGCAACCAUCUCCUAGUGUUUUACAAGUACUGAAACAGGUUCAAGAAGAAGCGGCUCGUCAGCAACAGCCGCAUGGUCAUACCGGUAUGGGAUACCCGACUGUGUUGCAGCAGCCUAUGCCAUCGCCGCAGAGGGGAUUGGUUCAGAUACCCGGUCAAAAUAUUCCGAACGUCGCGCAUCCGGCGGCUAAUAUACCUAACGAGCAAUGGAAACAGACCAGGUACCCUCAACCGUCGGUCAUGAUGCCGCAGAACCCGUCGCAGGCAGCGGCGGUGGCGGCGCUACGUCAACAACAGCUGAACAUGCAGCAGCCGCCUCAAGCGCCGCCGAACGCUUCUCCGAUGCUGAACCAGCAGCAACAGCAGCCGGGUGGCCCACCAGGUCCUCAGGGUCCGCCGCCACCGCAACAGCUAAUGGUAGGCGGCGGCGGUCCGUCGGGCGCCGGUUUGAUGAACCAGAACGCGGUAGCGCCUCAGCAGGCGCCGCCCAACAUGGGCAUGCAGGUGCUGCCGACGCCGGGCAACAGUCCGAACCGCGUGCCGCAUCAUCGGCAAGCUCUGCAGAAGCUUCUGCAAACGUUACGCUUACCGAGCUCGCCGCAGCAGCAAGACCAAAUCUUGCAAAUACUGAAGACGAAUCCGCAGUUGAUGGCCGCUUUUAUCAAACAAAGACAACAGCAGCAGCAACAACAACAACAGCAACAGCAGGUUCAACAGCAGCAACAGUCGCAAGGGCAGCCGGGCCCUCACAACAGCAGCAACCGCAGCAGCAACAACAACAACAGCAGAUGGUCGGUCCGCAGGGCGUGCAGCAACAAUAUCAGCAGCAGCAGCAGUCGAUGGGCGUUGUGAACCAGCAACAGCAGGGCAUGCAACAGCAUAUGGGAGUGCCGAACGCUCAGCAAGGCCAAUGGUACCAGCAUAAUCAGAUGGUCGCCAUGCAGCAGCAAGGUUUCGCCGCCGCCAAUAACUACAACUCGCCGCAGCCGCCGCC